UCUCGCUGCGCUUAACUCCGACCACCUCCUGUACUCCAGGGGCGGGAGAAGGUUGCCGUCUGGUUGACCUUUUUAACGUUUGCUGUCGUAUCUGCACCGUAGAUUUUACUGAUCCAUUCCUCGCACUGGACCGAAAAAUGGCUGGAGUGCUCAAGAAAUAUGAGCUCGAGGCCAAGCUCAAGGACGAGCACAAUCUGAUCGCGCAGGGCAUUCUUCGAGACGAGAAUCCACUUGAUCUCACUUCGGAUUUCAGCAAAUUCCUCACUGCGUGUAGAAAAGGAGAUCUAAAGACGUGCCAGGAGCUGAUAUCAAACGGCGUUAACAUCAACGGCAAAGAUGCAUUCGACUAUACCCCGCUCAUCAUCGCUAGCCUCUGUGGUCACUUUGAGCUCGUCCAACUCCUGCUGGAAUCAGGGGCACUUGCGGAGAGGAACACAUUUCAGGGCGAAAGAGCCGUUUACAACGCUCUGAAUGACCGGAUACGGAAUCUCCUCCUGUCUUAUGAUUAUUCAAAGUCCACCGACCCGCUGCAGCCUUGGUCGUCGCACAUAACGUCGUUGUUGACACGGCAGAUACCAAGAACCGCGGAUAUAACACUGACUUCAGGAUCUGAGAACUUGCAUCUGCACAAGUUCUUACUCUCAGCGAGGACACCGUAUUUCAGGACGAAAUUGGCCGACGCACCCGAGACGACGCAGUGGAAAUUGUCCAGUGCGGUGCCGGUCGAGGCCUUCCGCCUAGUAGCGCAAUACCUCUACCUUGGUGAACUGCCUAGGGAGUUGGUAGAUCCUCGUAGCUCAACCUCUGAGGAGGAGGUCUUCAAGGGUAUCGAUAAGAUCAGCAAACAGCUCGAAGUUGAGAAACUAUGGGAGGCAGCUCUGACCUUGGACGAUCGCCGCUUGGCGAGGCAGAGGUACCAGGACGAGAUCCAGAGGGCCCAGGAGCAAAUUGAGAGUUUCUUCAAGGAGCACGUUGUACGGCACAAGAUGGUUGUGGAAACGAAGAAGGUCAACGAGAUCAAGUGGAAGCAGGACAACUCCAUUUUCGCCGACUGCUUGCUGCGUGCCGACGACUAUGAUGGAGAAGACGGUGAAGAAGUUGAAGACGAACGAGAGACGUCGAUAAUUGGUGCUAACGGCAUCCCAAUCGAGUCUGCAUCACGAGCGGCAGAUCCGAAAGACGCAGGGCGCAAACCCAGAAAAUCAACUGUUUUCCCCGUUCACAAGGCAAUGCUGAUCCGGUCUCCAUAUUUCGAAACCAUGUUCUCUAGCGACUUCGUGGAGGCACAGGAAUCCGAGUACCUUCGCAUCAUCAAGGUGGACUGCACGCCUGAGGUCCUGGAGAUUAUACUGGCAUUCAUGUACACCGAGAAGUCAGACUGCCCACUGGAUCUCGCGUUGGAACUGCUUUACACGGCAGAUAUGCUGUUGAUGGACCGUCUCAAGAGCAAAGCAGCGCAGGCCAUCAGCACACUCGGAAGUGCAACGGGCAACAUCCUCGUGGACCGUACGCACUCCGAAGGCCGAAGCGAGCAGGUCGAGGUCGAGCCGAUCAAUGUGUACGAUGUGAUCCAUGCGGCAUGGGAUCUGAGAGUACAACGACUAGAAGAGUUCGCAGCACGCUACCUGGCCUACCGGCUGGAGGACUAUAUCGAUGAGCCUGAGUUCGCGGAACUGAUCCAAGAGUCGGCCUCGAGGCUCAAGCUGAGGCAGGAGACAGAUACGAUCGAGUUGCUAGAUGACAUUCGAUACUACCUCUCGGAGCGUUUCCGCCUGAGGUUCGAGGAUGCCGGCCUUGAUGAAAUGCUCGACGAGGAAGGGGAAAUCCGGCCCGAGGCUGUGGAGGGGUUGAUGGCUGCUAAGGGGGAUGGAUGCGAGCUCAUCAAAGAAGCAGACACAGCGACUGAGGCGACGUCCAGUGCUGCUAUCGAUACCGUCUCGUCGCAAAAAGAAGCUGCUGGUGGCAAUGUUGAUGGCGUGGGCGGUGUCAAGACAUUAGAGGGAGAAGUCGUCGAUGAUGAAUUCGACUUAGAUGCGAUGAAUUACCAGAUCCUCUUGAGGAAGAUCGACACCAUGCUAGACAGGCUCAAGCUAGAUGCGUAAGACUAGACAUCUUGGAUCACAGGUAAAUACAUACAAACGUGGGCUAUGCAACAAUCAGCAAGCAGAGAAAGGCUUAAUGUUUCACAGGAAGGUAACUGCUCAGCCCCCUGAUACAGGCCUGCGUUCUGUUAUAUGGUUGAUACCCGAAGUCAUCGUUUUGGGGCGUCUUUUCGUAUGCUUACAUAUGUAGUUGGUCAAGCUAAUCCUUUUGUCCCCCCCGCCUCCUUUUUUUUUAUCAUUUCGUUCUACUCUCCUUCAUCCUGCAAUUUGCGUGCCGACGAUUUUGAUGAAACAAAAGACAAUAGGAGCCCAUAGUCCUGAAAAUCCCUCUCAGCUGGUCCUUCAGCUGGUCCUGACACUCGAGUCAACACACUGACACAAGGGAAGCUCGACCAGGAAAUCAUGGGAUAGCAAAGAGACGGGCUGGAAGUAACACUAGGCACUGGACAAGAAUGAAGCAGAACGCAGGGUUAGGUAUCAACUUCUGCAAGUCAUACAAGAUUUGCUCUUGAGCGUGUCGAUCGGAUGGCCGGCAGCAUGCAAACAAACAAACAAACAAACAAACAAACAAACAAACAAACAAACAAACAAACAAACAAACAAACAGCGCUAGAUGUCCGAUGAGAGGAAGGGAGGCUAGCAGAGCAGGAGAAAAUAACUUCAAUAUAAUCAGCCUUGUAUAGCAGAGUAGCGACGAAAAUAAACAGUUCUCUAUCAAGCACGAGAUAGAUCCAAUUUGCAGCCGACUUAGAGACGACUGCUCGGGAAAUCACACUGUCCAGAAGUGAGAUUCCAGUGUCAGGUAGAAGAGCGCGCCCGGACUCGAGCAUUGUUUGUUGCAGUGAUCCACUCCCUGUGAUGAAUAUACCUAGCCUUGUUGAUCAAUG